AUGGUGAAGAAUCAGAAGGCCAUGGCGCGGCGGGGGGUGGCGCCGUUCGGUCGCGGGGACGUGCUCGGGCGAGGGAGGUACAUCAUAGAGCGGGAGCUCAACCGGGGCGGCACUGCCGUCGUGUACCAGGCGUUCAAUGCGAGCACGGGCGAUGCGGUGGCGAUCAAGGUGCUGAACGCGCGGGAGGGGAAGAUGGCGGCGCCGGUGCACGUGGUGUCGCGGGAGGUCACGUACGCGUCCAGCAUCGAGCACGAGCGCAUCGUGCGGCUACUGGACGUGUUCGCGGAAGGUGUUCAGAUGUGCAUCGUGUGGGAGCUUGUCGACGGGCCCGACCUGCUGGACCGCCUCAACGCGAACGGCGGGACCAUGAGCGAGGCGAUGGCCGCGUACUACAUCCGCCAGGUGGCCGAGGGCAUCGCGGUUCUGCACGCGCGCAAGCUCUGCCACAGGGACCUCAAGCCGGAGAACGUCAUGAUCGAUCGCAGCACGGAUCAGGUCAAAUUGAUUGACUUCGGACUCGCGAAAGGCAGCAACAGCGCGCGCACGCUCGGCGUCGGCACGCCGGACUACCUCGCGCCGGAGCUCGUCCAGCCGAGCGGCAGCGCGGCCGCGACCGUUGCCGCGGCGGUUGCGGCGACGCGGGGCGUCCAGAGCCCGGGGGGCAGCGGCGCCGUCGCGCCGGCGUACGACGCGAUGGCCGUCGACCUCUGGGCGCUGGGCGUGAUGCUGUACCUGCUCGUGACCGGCGUGUACCCGUUCGAGGACCCACUGAAGCCCAACAACAUCGUCGCCACCGUGGCGCGGAUCCGCGAAGGCCGCAUACAGCCGCUCCCCGGCCGCAUCAGCGCGGGCUGCCGAGACCUCAUCACGCAGCUGCUGCAGCGGGACCCCACCAAGCGGCCGAACAUCGCGACAGUCCUCGACAACGCGUGGCUGUGCACCUUCGCGUCCUCCUACGUGUCCUGGCCGCUCCCUGCGUCGGGGAACACCAGCGCCGGGGGCCGCGUCGGCGCGUCGGCGGCCAACGCAAGGCACUGCGCCUCUGCAGGGCCUGCCGAGACGCACGCGGACGGCAGCCGCACGAACAAACGUCAUCAGGCUGCGGGACCCGCGGCGCUGCCGCGCGUGGCCCAAGCGGCACGUGAGCCGCAGCCGUUCGAGCCCGUCAGAGCGCCCAAGGCACAGUGCGCUGUGGCGGCACCCCUCUGCGUCGACGCGGGCGGUCCGCCGCCGCUGCAGCCGCCCCUGCCCGCGGGAGCGAAGAAGAGGGGGCUGUUCGCGAGGUGGUUCGGGUAG